AAAGAAAACAUUCUUAGAAUCUUAGUAUUUAUGCAUUGUAGCCGUUUCAAAGUGAUUGUGUUUCGCUGCUUAUAAGAAGAAGAAUCCGUGGAGCACUCUACCGAAAGGUUAAAUUAUAAAUAAUACAAUUUUGCGUAUACAAGGGAAAAUGCUACGAGUCAGCACUACUACUGCUGCGCGUUUAUUGUCACGGCAAAUCUUAAGCCGGCAUAUGAUCAAUCAAUGCAGAACGAAAACGUCUACGCCAAUGAACACUAUCGUAAUGUUUGUUCCACAACAAGAGGCUUGGAUUGUAGAGCGAAUGGGUAGAUUUCAUCGUAUAUUGGAACCCGGUUUGAAUAUACUGUUGCCUAUAGUUGAUAAAAUAAAGUAUGUUCAAAGUUUGAAAGAAAUUGCAAUUGACGUUCCGAAGCAAAGUGCUAUCACAUCUGACAAUGUAACUCUCUCUAUAGAUGGCGUACUCUAUCUGCGUAUAAUUGAUCCUUACCGAGCCUCGUAUGGUGUCGAAGACCCGGAAUUUGCUAUAACGCAAUUAGCACAAACGACGAUGCGUUCUGAAUUGGGUAAAAUGUCUUUGGAUAAGAUAUUCCGUGAGAGAGAGUCCCUCAAUGUUAGUAUCGUGGAUUCAAUUAAUAAAGCUAGCGAAGCUUGGGGAAUAGCUUGCUUGCGUUAUGAAAUUCGUGAUAUACGAUUGCCUUCAAGAGUUCAUGAAGCCAUGCAAAUGCAAGUGGAGGCCGAACGUAGAAAACGGGCUGCGAUUCUAGAAUCUGAGGGCACAAGAGAAGCUGACAUUAACAUAGCUGAAGGCAAACGUAAAUCGCGAAUUUUAGCCUCGGAGGCCGAACGGCAAGAACAAAUUAAUAAAGCAAGUGGAGAAGCUGCUGCUAUGUUGGCGGUAGCUGAUGCAAGAGCACGUGGUUUAUCCACGAUAGCGAAGUCUUUGGAAGAUUUGAAUGGUAAAAAUGCGGCUUCCUUAACAUUGGCGGAACAGUAUAUUUCUGCUUUUAAACAUUUAGCCAAAACUAAUAAUACACUGAUACUACCGUCGAAUGCCGGAGAUAUAUCUUCUCUUGUAACUCAGGCCUUGAGUGUAUACAAAACAGUGUCUGCACAAAGUGUGGAAUCGAUAGCCGGACCGACAACGGCGGCGAGUACAGAACAAGUCCUAAAAGUCAGUAAUGAAAAUAGCAACAUGGCUUUAACUGAUUCAUUUAACAAUGCAAAGCCAGAUCCAGAUUUGGAUGUGCGACAGAAAAAGAUUCAAUCUGGCAAUUCUUCAAAAGUGGAACAAUAAAAAAAAAUUUAUUAAGAGAA